GAGGCCACUCUCUGUUCACCGAGAGAUUGACCGUUAACUCAAGGCUGAUACGUGCGACACGAGGUAUAUUAGGAAAAGAAAAAAAGAUAUAAAUACACCUCGCGCUAUAUAUAUACACUCAUUAGACUCGAAGACUGAUAACAUAUAUCGGUAGUCCACGUCGCGGUUUAACAUCAAAAGAAAAGAAAAGGAAAGAAAAGAAAAGAAAAGAAAAGAAAUAGGUAGUCCGGCGGGGAAGAAAGAGGCAAGACACUUGAAGCGUAACCGGCAGACCCUCGGUCGUUUCUUCGCUCUCCGACAGGAUGUCGCUAUUCGGUAGACUGACCCUCAUCGCCAGACGCUGCGUAUCCCGCGACGGGGUCCAGCGCGGCUCCAGGUACGCGUCGACCUACGCCGACUACACCAACGACGGCGACGACGGCGCUCCGUCCGAGCCGUCGAUCAGAAAAUCAGUAUUCAUAUCGCAGUCUGCGGAUGUGUUCACCAAUCUGGCGCUCGAGGACUGGUUCUACCGCAACUACGACUUCAACGAUCGCCAUAUGCUGCUGCUCUGGAGAAACGACCCCUGCGUGGUGUACGGGCGUCACCAGAACCCGUGGAAGGAGUGCAACGUCCAGGCGGCCGAGAAGAGAGGGAUCGCUCUGGCGCGGCGAAACAGCGGCGGCGGUACCGUUUACCACGACAACGGCAAUCUCAAUCUGUCCUUCUUCACGCCGCGGGAGCGGUACAACCGCAAGUACAACCUGCAGAUCAUCACGAGGGCACUGUUCCGAGAGUGGCGGCUGAAGAGCGUGAUCGACGAGCACGAUGACAUCGUCGUCGAAGGAGACUACAAGAUAUCCGGGACAGCUGCGAAGUUGGGCCGACCGAAUGCUUAUCACCACUGCACGCUGUUGGUCGGUGUGGAUAAGGACAAUCUGAACUUGGCUCUCGAGCGAAAAGAGGAUGACAUCAUCACGAAUGCGACAACUUCUGUGCAUUCUCCAAUAAAGAAUCUGCUUGACGUGAACCCGAACAUUCGAAUAGAUAAACUUAUAACCGCUGUCGGCAAUGAGUAUCUGCGCACCGACGCUCUCGUUCUUCAAGAUGGAGGGCAAAAGUUGCUGCAGAAGCAAAUGGGAUUCCAAUUUAUCAAUCCGAGCGAAGGCUGGUUUCCUGGAUUGGAUAAGUUGACCAACGACUUUCGUUCCUGGAGCUGGAAUUUCGGUAAAACACCGAAAUUCACGGUCACUCGGAAAUUCGAAGUCACCGCACACGACGGUAAGGUGCAUCGUUUGAAUUUACGUUUGGACGUGCAAGACGGCAUCGUGGAAGAGGUCCGUAUGAGCCUGCCCAACGAAUUGGCAUCGGCCGACUUUGAUCAGGACGCGAGCGUGAUCACUAAUUUAUGCGGCACGAGAUACAAUCACGAAAUAACCGAUGACAUAAUCGCUGCGAUCGGUUGUAAAAUCGACACGUCAAACACGAUUCACACCGAGGACCAAAGCAACGUAAUGGUUACGCAGUAGAUCGGA